GCGGUAACACGCCAUCUUCCGCCGGAAUGGAACCGGUAAUCCAAGCGAAUCAUUUGUAUAAUAAAACAUAUUCCGAUGCGUUACGUACAAACGAGGCGGAAACGGCGCGAUGGACAGCCUACCGGCAAGAACAUAUGGAGCUGAAGGAGAAUCUACGAAUGUACCAAAAAGCUCCUAAAGCGGACAUCAUGAUCCCGAUAGGAACGAAAGCCUUCCUUCCUGGACAGCUUUACCAUACGGGUGAGGUUAUGGUAAGUCAUGGAUGUGGUUAUUUUUCCGACUGUUCCUCAGAACAAGCGCAAUUGAUCGCCGACCGACGUAUUAAGUUGGCAGAGGAACUUCUACAAAAGUACGAACGUGAGCGUUCGUUGUACAACGACAAGCUUGAAGUUCCACUGGCAGGCGAAGCAUUUGCCGGUGGCAAUGUACAAGAAAUCGUUGAAGCUUACGAUGAGGAAGCGGAAAAACGAUGGCGCGAAGAGCAUCGGUACCGUGUGCGCCAAAAUAAGCAAAAGGAAGCAAAAGAACGAGCAGCAAAUAAGAAUGCGGCGCUAGACAUAAGCGACAAUGAGCUGUUUACCAAGCUGGAGGAAAUGGAGCUGCUCGAGGAGUUGGAACAAGAAAUGGAUCAGCUGGAACUUCCGACCGGGGAUGAUGAUGAUGAUCAGCUGGGACGCCUGAUGCGAGGUGAACUCCGGAUACAUGAACGACUACGGACUGCACACAAACAAACUGUACCAGAGUCUGUUAUCGAUACAAAGAGUGGUUCUUCUUGGACGGCGAUUCAACAGCAAAGAACAACAAAUGAACCAAGAACCGUCGAAGAGGAAGAACCAGAAGAACAAAUCGAAACAACGGACGAUGAAGAAGAUGAAAAUGAGGAAGCUGAUGUCUCGGCCGAGUUUUCGCAGCUUCUAAACGAAACAAAAAACCGCCCGAAAAAGGAAAAAAUCAAAGUAUUCCAGGCGAAGCUGAAGGACGUUCGGCAACGGCUGUAUCAAAACUCGAUGGACAUAGUGCAAAAGAUAGAUCUGUAUCAGCUGCACGAUGAAUUGGAGGAAGCAUUAGACUUUUUGCUUCCGUCGAAAGAACCCGAAGAGGAACCGUCCGAGCAACACGGAAGUGAUAAAAGUAAGAAGGUUAAAUUUGAUGAACAGGAACACAUCAAACUCAUUACCAACAUACAUCAAGAGCAAACGGGCGAGGAGGAAUUACUACAUCAUUCGAAACCGACACUGUUCCUUCCAAUCGUACAUUCACCGGAGUGUUACAGUUCGGAUUCAAAAGAGGAGAUUGUCUCACCGGCCGAUAUAUACCGGAAAUUUCUCGCGGAAGAAGAAUCCCUCAAACAGUUGCAAUUUUCGAACCUGAAACCAAUCCUUAAAAACUAUAAUCAAAACCGCCCCCUUUCGGAACGUCCAACGAAACAAGCGCCUCGGAAGAAUACACCCGUGACAUCACCAUUGCCGGAUUUGUUGGGGGAGGUCGUUGAGCAUACCAACGCUGACGUGGCAACUGAAGCUGAUGUUCAACCGGUGCAAAAGCAGCAACAGCAAAAGAGGAAAGUGAGUCGUUUUAAGCAGCAACGGAACUAAAAGUAAGCAUUACUUCCAUUGUAGAUUAUAUACAUUGUCAAAUUUCCAUAUCCAUUGUUUUCUUCAGAUGAGAAAUCCUUUUUUCAAUAUUGAAUUAAUUGAUCGGAUGUUUUAUGAUUUAACACGCUGAUGUCCGGUUUUUCCAGUUUUAAUUUCUCACACUACAAACAGGCGUUCUCUGUAAAGAGACCCUCAA